CCCGGCGGCUCCGCGGGGACCCGCGGCGCAGCAGCCCCGGCUGUGCGGGGCGGGAGGCGCUGUCUCCGCUGCGGGCUGGCGGGCAAUGCUGGUGGACGGCGCUGCGUCGCAGCUUCCAAGUUUCUCCCUCUGAUUCGAGCGGCGACGGAGCGGACCCCGAGUCCUAGGGUGCUGCCGGUGUUCUUGGACCGAGGGGUGGGUCAGUGCUGAGCGGAGGUGGGGGUGGGGGCCCGCCAGCAGAGACGCGCAUGUUGGGCUGGGGAAGGCGCGUCAGCGACAGGAGGAGCUGAGGGUCCCCCGCCCUUGCCUGAGUCAGCUGUUACCUGGGUGACCCUCCUCACCCACCUGCCCUGGGUUCAGGGGCCAGUACCAGCUUCCUUUGGGAAACACACAGAGGAGGCCUAAAAACACUGCCUGCCUCCCCAGGAGGAAUGGUGAGACGCUUGGGCCCUCCUUCCUGCAGCCUGGCACAGAGCAGCAACCAGGCUCUUCCCACUGCGUCCUCUGCCCGGGGGACCCCUGAGAGAGAGAGCGAAGCCUUGCCCACCAUCCUAACCCGUGGGAUCAGCUCUGUCCCUCUGCCUCUGAGACAGGAACCAUGGGAAGCUUCCUCCUGCUGCACUGUACACUCCCCCACUCCCCCAAACCAGGUCCCUCUGCAGCAGUGGGGGUUGGGGGAGCUCAUUCCUGCCACCUGUCUGGAGGAGAAAUAGUCACCCCCCGCUCCUGGGACCCCCAGGUGGGAAGCUUUGAUGUCUGACUAUAAGGGGGUCAGCUUUUCUGCUGCCAUCCUGCCAGAGCCUGCCACAGACGCAUUAUGAGGGGGGUCAGGGUCUCUGGCCCUCAUGCCAGCCUCUCCUCCCAGUUUGGAAGCCCCCCAGCCUUUGCCCUCGCCUUGGGAGGCACAGGCUGUUUACAGAAGGAGGAGAUCCAUGAUCAGCCUGUGGGGCAGGAUGUUGGCUGUGGGCAGCCUCCAGAAAGGAACUCCCUGGGCCCACUGGAAUCAGAGGCUUCCAGGUCUGGAAAGGCCAACAUUUUGAGCUUUUGUCUUUCAAGCUGUGUCUAGGCUGCGGCCCAAGGCUUGGCUAGGAAGUCUUGGUGACCUUGUGACCUUCCCCAGAAGGGGGUUCCUGGGAGAGGCCAAAUGGUGCUUGUCUUUAUCCCUGCCCCACUUCUCCCCACAUGGGUACGGACGCAGUGAUCGUUCCAGUGAUGGAAGCCUGGGGAAGCAUGGACUGUCCCCAAUGCCAAGCCCAGCAGGGACCAAGAGGAGCUUUUUCUGCCACACACUGAGUUCAGUUCAGCUGAGGUCUUGGUGCUUCCAGCUUGGCUGAAGCCACCCUGUUCUUCUCUAAUUAAAAGACACUCCACCACCACCAGAGUCGUCAGCUAUAGGCCCUUUAGGCCCAAUUCUUAGGUUGACGUGUUCAUGUCAAGCCAGACUCCUCUGUAAGGGGUCUCUCUCUGAAAGGAGAUCAGUGUCCCACCUACUUUGGAGGUCAGUGGGUACAGUGGGGGAGUGCUCUCCAGCCCAGGAACCCAACGGGGUUUCAGUUUGCAUGGGAAAAGAAUGACGGGCCAACAUUAAAAAUUGUCCUGUGACUUGAAUGCACCUUUUCUCCUCAGGUUCAAAAGCUUGAGGUAUCUCUCCCUCGCCUUCCUGAGAAGCAAGACAGGGCCAUUCACAAUUGGACAUUAAGGCCCUGAAAUUAAGAUAAUAUUCAAAAUCAUAGAGUGUGUUUCUGGCCAAACCAGAAACGCUGGUCUUCCGACUCCAUGUGCACACUCCCAGCCAGGCCCCUCGGUCUGUCUCCCACCUAAUUGGCCGUUCUGAAGCUUCUGGGGUGCCAGCUUCCCUUGGGCCAGAGCUCAUGCCCCUCUGAGACCAAGUGCUAGCAGCUCCUCCACUGACUCUCUGGGAACAGUGGGGUGAUGGAAGUGAUAUAGGUCCCCGUGAGUCAGAGGUCAGGUAUCCUUGGGUGGGAGGAGUCCCCUGUGGCUGGGACUCCGCAGGGAAAUCUAGGGGCAGAUUUCCCAAGACAGUGGGGUUCCCUGCUAGGAAAACACGAAGGGACAUUUGGGCAGAAAAGCAGGGCUGUUCCCAUGAGAACAUAUUUCCAGGGGAUUAUAAGACCUCCCACCCUACUUCAGCAUGGCUUAAAGUUAAGUUGAAAGAGAUUGGAGUCCUUUAGGAGUGGAGUCUCCUGGGUGGCUGUCCCCAUGUGCGGAUGGGCCAGAUCACCUUGAGGACAGCUCACGACCCUCUGGAGGCCUCAGGGUCCUUGGGGGUUAAUAGGAGAGGUCAGGUUGAUCAAGAGCCUGUGCUGCAGACAGACUGGGGAGGCUGGUGCUGUGCCCACCGGGGUAGGCAGCAGGCAGGCGUCAUGGGACAGCCAAUCAGAGGAGGAGGGGACUGCAGAGAAACAGAGUGAUCCUGCUGCAGCUGAGCUGUCCUUGGAGGGUGGGAGCCAAGGGAAAGGGAGGAGGGGGGGGUGGGGAACGACAUUCCACAGGCUUUUUUGGCCCCUGACAGAGACAGGGGGGUCAAAGAGAAAGGGAAAGGAGCAAGCUAGGAAGCUGGAUUACAACAAGAGCAUCGGGAUCAGGCUGUUUCCGUGUGUGAGGAACUUUGCCUGGGAGAUAAAAUUAGACCUAGAGCUUGCCGAAGCCUGGGACAUGGACCAUUCACUGGGAUGGCAAAGCAGUUCUGUCCCUGAGGACAGGACUGAAGCUGGGAUCAAGCGCUUCCUGGAGGACACCGAUGACACAGAACUGAACAAGUUCGUGAAGGAUUUCCCAGGAAGCGAGAGCUGCCACCAACCAGAGGCCAAGACCUGGGGGUCCAAGCCCCAAGUCCUGGAGCCAAGGCCCCAGGCCCCGGACCUCUACCAGGAUGACCUGGAGUUCAGAACCCCCUCGUGGUCCCAGGCCUCUGACAGCCAGCAGUGCUUCUCUGCCUCUGCCCCUCUCAGCCCCUCAGCCCGGCCCCGCAGCCCCUGGGGCAAGCUUGAUCCCUAUGACUCCUCUGAGGAUGACAAGGAAUAUGUGGGCUUUGCGACCCUACCCAAUCAAGUUCACCGGAAGUCCGUGAAGAAGGGCUUUGACUUUACCCUCAUGGUGGCAGGAGAGUCUGGCCUGGGGAAAUCCACUCUUGUCAAUAGCCUCUUCCUCACCGAUCUGUACCGGGACCGGAAACUCCUCAGCGCUGAAGAGCGGAUCAUGCAAACUGUGGAGAUCACUAAACAUGCAGUGGAUAUAGAAGAGAAGGGUGUGAGGCUGCGGCUCACCAUUGUGGACACACCGGGUUUUGGGGAUGCAGUCAACAACACAGAGUGCUGGAAGCCUGUGGCAGAAUACAUCGAUCAGCAGUUCGAGCAGUAUUUCCGAGACGAGAGCGGCCUGAACCGCAAGAACAUCCAAGACAACAGGGUGCACUGCUGCCUGUACUUCAUCUCACCCUUUGGCCACGGGCUCCGGCCACUGGAUGUUGAAUUCAUGAAGGCCCUGCAUCAGCGGGUCAACAUCGUGCCUAUCUUGGCCAAGGCGGACACACUGACACCUCCUGAAGUGGAGCGCAAGAAACGCAAAAUCCGAGAGGAGAUUGAGCGCUUUGGAAUCAAGGUCUAUCAGUUCCCAGACUGUGACUCUGAUGAGGAUGAGGACUUCAAAUUACAGGACCAAGCCCUAAAGGAAAGCAUCCCAUUUGCUGUAAUUGGCAGCAACACUGUGGUAGAGGCCAGAGGGCGGCGAGUUCGGGGCCGGCUCUACCCCUGGGGCAUCGUGGAAGUGGAAAACCCAGGACACUGCGACUUUGUGAAGCUGAGGACAAUGCUGGUGCGUACUCACAUGCAGGACCUGAAGGAUGUGACGCGGGAGACACAUUAUGAGAACUACAGGGCACAGUGCAUCCAGAGCAUGACCCGCCUGGUGGUGAAAGAAAGGAAUCGCAACAAACUGACUCGAGAGAGUGGUACCGACUUUCCCAUCCCUGCUGUCCCACCAGGGACACAUCCAGAAACGGAGAGGCUGAUCCGAGAGAAAGAUGAGGAGCUGCGGCGGAUGCAGGAGAUGCUGCACAAAAUCCAAAGACAGAUGGAAGAGACCCAUUAGCUGGCUUUGAAUCCUGGAUAUUUAAAUCUCCUCGUCCUGCCCAUGCCGGCCCCUCCCAGCACCAGUUCUGCUCAGGCCCCUGCAGCUACUGCCACUUCGCCUUACAUCCCUGCUGCCUCCCCAGAGACUCAGAGGAAAUAAAGUUUAACAAGUCUAUAGCUGC